AGGCCAACCCCCAGCUCACUACAUCCUCCCUUCAGGAAAUUAUAGAGAAUUGUGGCACAGGACAUUCUGACUGUUAGACUGUUAUAAUCCCUGCAGUGAAACCACAGUUGAAUGCUCUUUGUUUCUGAGCGCAGUGUGCUGUGCAGGUGUAUCUCAGCAUCUGCUGAGCGUGGUUACUGCUCUUUGUGUGACUCUUUGUCAUGCUGAACAUCAGCAUGAAUGUCUUCAGCUAUUUCCAUGCAUUUUACUUACCUGUUGAAUCCUGUCUUACAGUAAGGGCCUAUCGCAGGAUUCAGGAACUUCAGCAACUUCUGGAAAUUUCCUACAGCAACUACAGACAGCUGGGAGGAAUAACUGAGGAGGAGAGGAAGAUGAAAAAAGAGGAAAAGGAGUUUAAGAAGACCGUGAGGGAGCUGGAGGCUCAGCUGGAAUCCGAGCGAGUCAGGAGGGAAAACCUGGAGAGCCAGCUGGAUGGCUGCCGAGCCGAGAUCGGCCGCCUCAGGGAGAGCCGGGAUAGAUUCGACCGGGGACGUUGUGGAGACAAGAAGCAGCCGAUCCAUAGUUCCGUGGUAGUGAAGUUAGCUCCGAACAUCGGGCUCCUCUGGGCAGCUCCCGGCUGA